AUGCUGAAUGCUGCUCUAUCCGCUUUCUAUGAUGCAAUCUCUCUGCUACUUCGAAAUCAGCUGGAGAAGAGAAGCCUUCUUGAAAACUUGGAUAUGGUUCUAUUAUGCUUAGAUGAGACGAUCGAUGAUGGCAUUAUCCUAGAAACGGAUUCAACGCCAUUGCCUCCAGAGUCAGUAGACCCCGGCAGAUACCACAGAUAUCGUCAUCAACGAGCAGACUCUUCUAAGCGCUUAUCAAACAGUCAAAGAGCGAGUCCAACAACGGAUGCAGCAAUUCUAAAACAUAUUCGUUAUUUUAUUUUUUUCACCUUACCAACAGCUCGAAUAGUAGGGCCUUGAGGCUGGUCGCUCGCUGAUUUUUCCGGGGCUCCGCCGGGCAUCAUCUCUGUAUCGUGUUCAUAUAUAUUUGGCAAU